AUGUCUCUUUCAAAUCUGCUUAGCUCAAGUUCAUUUGGAGGGAAUACGAUGUUUAGGCUUGUCACAAGGAAGCCAGAGGGUGCUUUUAUAUUACCGUCACUGAUACGACAUGCUUCACGGACAACAAAGUACACAGAGAAGCAGAAAAGAAGAUUCGCAAGAGAGAAAGUUAGGAAGGACAGAUUGAAUAGAUCGGCAUUAGAAGCUUUCGGUACUAUACCCAUCUCAGACCAUGAUAUUUUCCAUACAAGUAGAGCACUCACAAAAUUAGAAAGAAGGGAAAGUCAUCUUCGGAAAAAAGAGCUAUUAUUUGAGAUUUAUCAACACUCUACUGAUCAUUUACUUAAAGAUCGAGAUUUAACAAUUAUUUCACAGAUACCCAUUGCAAAAGCUACUUUAAUUCUUACCAGAAGUUUGGAUCAAUUUAUAGAGAUCGAAGGGGAAACAUAUGAUUUGAACAAUAGAUAUACGGAAAUGAAUAGAAGAGUUUAUGAUUAUUCUUAUCUUCAGUCAUAUCUUGAUGAUUAUGAUAAUGAGGAACUUGAUUUAUUUAUGAAAUUAUUACAAUUUAAGAAUAAAACAAUCUUGAAAAGGGAUCAACUUAAAUACACAGAUGAUAUUUCAAACUCACAGAAAAAACUCAUAGCUUUGGAUACAUUAGUUGGUAUUGAUGAUUUGGUAAUUAAGGCCGCAAAAAAAUUCCAACUUGAGAAUCCUGAUGAGGUUACUGAGAUUACCCAAUUAGACAAAGUUAAUGAAGUCACAACAGACUUUACUGAUCUUCAAGACUCAAAGGCAUUGAGAAGAGCUAUGAAAAAGGAACCAAUUAAUGCGUCUGGGUUUUAUAGGUUAAGUUUGAAACAUGCUUUAACUGUUCUUGAAGAGGAGGAAGCUAUGAAUGAGGUGGAUUAA